CUCGUCAACAAAACCACGUGACCGGCAAUGCGGAAGUGCGUUGAUCAACGAAGAGACAGGCUGCUGUCAAUUGUUCUCGAUGUUUUGGGCCCACGAGCCAUGACCCGAAGGGAGAUUCGUCUUUGUCUCUUUUUCAUCCUGCUUGUGUUUCUUCAUGUCGUCGCCGCAUUCAAGAAGCAAACAUGGCCGGUGCCUUACAGACGCUUUGACAGUCGUCCUGACGUGGACUCUUACUGUGACGCUCUCUACCCGUUCUGUCCCACGGGGGACCGUGAUGGCCGCAUUCCCUAUAUGAGGGACAACGAUGUCAUUUCAGUGUAUCGACUGCAGACCCCUGUGUGGGAAUUCAAAUAUGGAGACCUGCUUGGCAAACUCCACAUCAUGCAUGAUGCCGUAGGCUUCAGCAGCGCCGAGACAGGGGCCAACUACACCAUGGAAUGGUACGAACUCUUCCAGCUUGGCAACUGCACCUUCCCACACCUCCGGCCCGACAUGUACGCCCCCUUCUGGUGCAACCAGGGAGCGGCCUGCUUCUUUGACGGCAUCGACGACUCCCACUGGUCGCAGAACGGAACCUUGGAGAAAAUAGCGGAGAUCAGCGGUGAUCAAUUUAAUGAAAUGUCCAAGUGGGUGCAGGACGACAACACCACGGGGAUCUACUACGAGACGUGGACGGUACACUCCGACCCGGGCCCCAACGCCACCGUGUGGUUCGAAUCGUACGACUGCUCACAGUUCGUCCACCGCACGUACCACAAACUCGCCCAACUCGGAGCUAAACUGUCCAGUCGCUCACAGAACAACUACACCAAAAUCUACCUGUACAGCGGAGAGCCUACCUACCUGGGCAAUGACAGCUCCAUAUUUGGACAGCCGGCGCUCAAGAGCCUGGCGGCAGACAUUCGGGAUUUCUACCGCACAUUCCGACCGCACCAGUCUAUGGCGGAAUUUGCACUCAGCAUGUUAGAGGCUUACAAAAAGGUGGUGUUGGACAAGAACUUCUACCUGUACUACAACUAUGAGUACUGGCGGCUGCCCAUGAAGCCUCCUUACGUACGUGUUACUUACGAGGAGGUACCUUUGCCUUAAUGCGGUUCUAAGUUCUAGUAAAAUACGUCAUGUAUUGCCAUUUUACAUUAUGUACAUAAUUAUGUACAUUUACAUAAAAGAGAAAAAACAGUAAAUGACUGAAAAAGCAAAAAGUAACCGAUUUUGGGCCCCGAACCUUAGCUUGGACAACUCCGUUAUUAAAGUCAGGUAUCAAAGCCAAUACAAAGCAAGAACCCUUUUGAUUUCAAACUGUAUCCAAUUGACAAUGUUUGAAUGAAUGAAAUCAGAUGAAGCAGAACGUACAUUCACAAACGUUUAUUAGCAGUCGAUCACGUCCAAAACUAAUCCCCCCCAAAAGUCAACAAAAGCAUUUUAAGGACAGUCAUGUCAGUCAUGACAGGCAACCUAUGCUUGAUUGAUCCGUGAGCCAUUUAGUGACAUAUUUGCAAAAGUGUACUGUCCCAUUGAGAUGUAUUACUGUUAGCAUUACCUAUAUUAUUAAUGUCAUUUGCUAAAUGGCGUGUCUACCAAUCCUUAUACAGUCUUGUCCUGAAGGUUAGCAAAACACUUAAAUAUUAAAAAAUAAAGUUUUUCAAUGAAAUUCUGCUCAUUUAAUAUUGUGAUUUGUACAUCUCCCCUUAGUUACUACAGGCCAGGUAACUCAUACAUUUACGUACACAAGCGUGCAGGAACAGGAGCACUUUGGUCACCUAGUUCUUAAAAAAUAAUAUAUUCCACUGUUGAUAUAUGAUGCACUAGAGGACUCCAUGUAUUUAACAAAAUACAGUAAUUUCCCCACACAGAUUUUUGAAUAAAAAAAAACAGAAGCAUCUUCAGAUCAAUAAGAUAUACAGUCUAUGUGGUAUGGUAAAGAUGCUUGUUUUCCACUGCACAGUACCUACUCUGCUCUCCUCGCUACUGGCGCUUUUACACUGGCAAAAGCAGACGCAGGUCACACAUGCUAAUGUUAGCUUACCCUGUCACUAUGCUGCCUUAGUGUUACAGAAUUAUACUCCAUAGUCUCCACUUGGAUAAAAUAUAUCUCAGGAAGUAAAUUCAGGAGAUCCACAUUCUCCUCAAUUGUCAGAUCGAGCCGAGCCGGUACUGUGUGGUGGGAAAGUGGCAUCAACGAGUUAAGAGCACGGCUCUAGCUUUGUAGAAAAGCAAGCGCCCUAAGGUGACAGAACCCUGACAGGGUGAAAUAAAGAAAUAAGUACAUUUCUAUAUCAUUGCAAUCAAACACACAGCGUUUUUAUAUACGGAUGCAUUUGAGACUUCCUUCUUAAAGGAAAAAAAAAACUCACCUGAACUUGCCGAUUCUCUCGCUGAUUUUUUGCGGACAGGAGCGCUAGCUGUUAUCUGCAAUGUUGGCGAUGGAAAAGCUUUUCGGGCGGGAAGAAGCAAAAAGCUGAAUGUACAGAUGAAACUUAAAAACGAAAAUGCACCUGAGCGUCCCAAAAGCGCAGGGCGAAGUUUGUGCAUCAUAAGCAAAUAGCCACUGACUUGGCUAUUAUAAGCCAUCUCGCUCAGACAGUCGUAGAUUUCUAUACAUUUAUCAGAUCGUAUCCUUCAGAGGAAUUGGCGUCAUUUGGUAUACAUGUAAGGUGCUUAGGGAAACGCUGCCUCUACUACAAAAAAACUAGACGAUAUUCGCCUGUAAAGCAGACAUUUGCGUGGAAAAAAACAAAACAUCGGAAUGAGCAAGCAAAAUCUCUGACAAGGAUCAACACUGUACACUUUCACAUAACAAAAAUGGGCGUAUAUUUACACAUUUCUGUUUUCCUACAUCUCCUAUGGCCAUGUUUGUCGUUAUGGUGUCAGCUUUUUACAUUAAAGAUCCGGACACCCUUCCACCUAAAGCCUGGAUUAUGCUCCUGUGUUGAGGUGCGUACACGACGCUGAAAAAAUCUAACCCUGAGUCACAGCGUCACAGGCCGUAAGGCUGUGAUUGGUCAGCUUGUAGGACUUUAUUUCCUGUGCGUAUAUGACUCGUUCAGCGGCUGUACAGCCCACCUUUCCAAACACCUUCACUCACCUCCAAUUUGGGAUCAAUAUUUGCAAUAAAUGUGAUUGAUGUAACGCAUCGAUUAGUUUCACAUCCAAUCACACUGUCAUUAACUGGCAUUGCUUACUUGCGACAAAGCUAACAAGCUAAAUGGUUGACGAGAGUUGUGUUUGCUCACUGUAUUGGCCCUUCCAGAUGCCAACCCGAGUGUUUCGGCAGAGUGUUGAAAGUCACGCACUCCACCCCCGCGAAGAGUGAUAAAAGGACCAAGAUGGCGUUGGAAGGGACGUCAUAGUGACUACGUAGAAGCAUAAUCCAAUCUUUUUGUAACACUGCCCUUUAAUGCCGUACUGUGCUGCAAACCUGCAAUUUAAGUGGUAGUGCAAGUAAUUGUGUGCCGAGUCAUCACUAUCCUGAACUCCUUUAUAAGAAGGUUUCCUCGUGGGAAGAAGCCUGAUGGAUGAGGCUAAGCAGGUCUGCUUCAGCUGCAGUUUUUCCAUAUUCAAGACAACAGGCAGAGGUUCUGUCAUGUUUCUGCGUUAUUGUUCCUGCACUUCACUCCACAGGAGUUCCAUAAGUUUGCGCCACUGCCACAGCCGAGUCCCUCUUUUACCAGGUGGGCAUCAUGUCCGGAAACCAAACGCGGCCCAGGUGCUUGGACACCUCCCAGUGGAUUUCGUCCAGAGAGUACUUGUGAUCCGGGAUGAGCACUUCCUCCAUGAUGGAGAGCUGUGAGAGGCGGCGGCCGCACAUCUUGACAAAUUCCACAAAGGCGCUGCAGGAGACCUCGCACUCGCCCAGGCCGAUAGCUGACAGCUGGGUGCAGUGCUUGGCGAUGCGGAUAAGCUCCUCAUCCAAGGGGCGCAGGCCAUUGGCACACACCACCAGCUCCACCAGGCGGGGGCAGUGGAGGCCCACGCGGCCUAGCACCUCUUUGCUGACAGAGCGGCCAAAGUAGAGAUGUGUGACAGGGAUCUCCUCGUUGAAGAAUGGCCCAAACUCGUCCUCGUAGAGGAAGAAGUACAUGACCAGGUUGAACUUGGGCGAGUGGCGCACCAUGGCGUCCCAACUGCUCUUCUUAAUGGUGUGGAAGUGCUGGCCCGGGUUCUCGCUCACCACGUCGAUGCGCAGGUGCUCCAGGUGGACAUGCUUCUCAGAGGAGAGGGCGAGCAGGAGCUCAUCGCUCAAGAGGUGGUAGUUCAAUGCCAGCUCUCUCAGGCCGUGACACUGAUCCGCCACGCACAGAAUACCUGAAAACACACAAGACGCUUCUUUGAAGUAUUUCUAAACUACUGUACAAUAACUGCUCGCAAGAGCAAGCUGAAGUUCAAAAAGUGAUUUAGCAAGGUGGAUACAAGGGCUGAGGCUGAAGCCCCUUUCACACUGACUGUAAACCACCGUUUCUUCCAUUAUUCCAUGUGCUGUUAAUACAAAACACAUUGGGUGGACAAAGUCAAACUGGCAUAUUUCCACCUUUUUCUGUGUAGCAACCCUCACACUGCUUCUGCACUCUUUUCAGUGUCACUUUUCUAUAUAAAAGGCACUGACACGGAACGACAACCCAGCCAUAUUCACCUUCUGAGUAGUGCUGUGGCAAUACACUAAUCUCACAAUACAAUACACAAUAUUUAGCUCACGAUACACUCAUGAUCAAAAUUUUAAGACUAGUUGAAAAAUUGCAAGAAUAUACAUUUUGCGCUGUUGGAUUUUUAGGAGGUGAUAGUGAAUGCUGGUUUGUAUGUGCUCUGCAAUUGGCUGGUGACCAGUCCAAAAGUCUGCACCACCUCUCGCCCGAAAACAGCUGGUAUAGGCUCCAGCAUACCCGCAACCCUCGUUAGGACAAGCAGUCUAGAAAAUGGAUGGAUGGGUUUUAAAGGAAGCUUUAAGUGGAGCUUCAACUGCAAAAAGAAAAAAUGGGAGUGAGACAAAAAACAUUUGAGUAAUCAAUUAUUUGCAAACAACCAUGAAAGCGAAAUAGCCUGUUCAUCAUCUGACCAAAUGUUUAAGUCCACAAUUUUAAAAGCCAAAAAUGUGCACACUGGACAUGCACAGACCUCACCGUUUCCCAUACCUUCAUUUAUUCAUGGUGGUCUACUAUAUUUAGCGAGUAAUCAGAGAACUAUAAAUACUUCUCAAAAAAGCAACUACAAACUACAGACUCUGCUAUGCGUGCACAAAUCACUUUCAUCAUUGAGCAUGAAGUGGAGCUGCAAGCUCCUCCCUAACAAAUGCAAAAAACACCACAUCAAUUAGUGACAGCAGAGCAGCUUGUUUGUUGUUCAAAACAUAUUUGCUUUGCUUUUCAUGGUGAUAAAAGACUUUUUGAAAAUGUUUCGUGGCCAUCAUGGUCGUCAUAGACCAUUACGUCCCCCAUGAAGCCCAGUCCCCCACCGGAACUCACCACAGUCACAAAGUCAGGUUGGAAACCUAUCACCUACAAUGUGAAUAUUGUCUAAUCUCAUUCUAAACAGUAAAUGUGACAAAUUUUACUAUUUUAAACAAAAUGAAAUUAGAAAAUGCAUGUUUCUAUUGUCUAACUACAAUGGGGUGAAAAUGGUGCUUAUAAUGCAAGUCAAUGGGGGGUUUCCAGUAGGAAACACUACCACCUACAAUGUAAAAAUUGUCCAAUCUGUUCUAAACAGUAAAUAUGACAAAUUGGACUAUUUUUCAACAAAAUGAAACCCUGAAAUUAGAAAAUGCAGGGUUUUUGUCUUAAUUACAAUGCUUUAAAAAAUGGUGCUUAUAAUGGAAGUCAAUGGGACUUUUUGUCCUCUAAGGACUCAAGAGUGGGAUAUUUGGAAGCUGACUCUGCAAAAAAAAAAAAAAUUAAAAAAUAUGGACUACUAAUCUUAUGUAUAGUU